AGGGUAUCACUGCCACUGGGUCCUGGCAACACUGGCGGUCGAGGUGUUUUCUGUUUGUCGUCAACAGAUCGAAAGACUCGCCAGUGAAUGACUAGUUUAUGACAAAACUUGGGCAUAAUGUCAGGCUUCGACGACAACCCCUUCGCUGAUCCCUUCGCUGAACCUUCGAUCCAGCAGGCCACACGAGGCUCUGCCCAAAAUGGCUUGGAAGAAUAUGAUCCUUUUAGCACCCAGCCUACCGUCAACAACACUACUACAACUGUUGGUAAUGCUGGAAACCCUCCCACAUAUGUUCAACCUGUUGUGGGGGGCGGUGUGGUGAGCGGACAGCCUGCAGUAGUCACCCCGACACCUAACAACCCUCCCACAUAUACACCCUCAGCCCAGCAGCAGGUCACAACUGCAGAGUUUCAGGUGGGUAUUUUGGCUAUUUGUUGCACAUGGCUGGAAAACACAAGUCAUGCGAUUUAAUGUGUUGUUGGUGUG